UCCUUCAUCGAAUGGUUACGAGGCAGACAUGCACCAAAACGGCGGGUAUUUUACUUACAUGCAGUGGUGGAUGAUGCUGAUUGGAAUCUGGAGGCUUGAUACUGAAGAUCUUCCCAAUUAUAAGAAGAAGAUUCACAGAGUGUACUCGUUUGUAAUUCAAAUAGUCGCUUCGUCGCCGACAGUAUCUUUUGCAAUUGCGGUUCCUGGAUUACUGAAAACAAAUAUCACCAUGGCAAUCGGCAACAUUGGUAUCAUCAUAAUGGUCGGCAUGAUAGUAGUUAAAAUGAUAAUGUGUCAGUCGAAAUCCGUUACCAAACUUCUCCAACUUGCGUUACGGCUCGAUAGGCAAAUCAGAGCACAGAGGGAGCCAGAAAUGCAAUUAAUAUACCGGCAGCACGUAAAGUUCGAUGAUAAACUAGUGGCGUUGAUCGCUGUAUCUGGACUCUUAAUGGGAAUUUGCGUGGUGGUGUAUGGUGACGUUGCAUGCUACGUCUUCUUCAAGCAGAAUAAGGAAAGAAACACCACAGAAGUACCCGUAAUUGUAAACUAUUGGUAUCCAUUCGAUAAGAAAAAAUACUACACGUUCGUACUAAUUGACCAAAACAUUCGACCCACGCUCUCUUGUAUAUGUAUCGGAGUGGUCAGCGCUUUCGUUAACUGCAUCAUUAUGUUCGUGAGAUUGCAACUGAAACUGCUGCAGUACAGUUUCAGGAACUUUCACCGGUUUCCUACGCACGGCGUCCAUUUGGAGACCGUGAAGAAUACGUUAAGGGUGUUGUGCGUCAGACACCAGCAGCUCAUCCAAUACGUAGAGGACCUCAACGAGUCUUUCAAAAAUAUUUUACUGCUGGAGUACAUAGUGUCUGCGGUUUUGCUGGCAGCACUGAUUUUGCAGAUAACAGGGGGGAAUCAACCACUUUUAAUCUGUUUGGUCUUAUUGAUAUGCAUCGUUCAAUUGCUCACUUUUGCAUGGAGUGCAAACGAAAUAACUGUCCAGAGUUCGGAAUUGGCUAGAGCCCUCUUUGAAAGCAAAUGGUAUGACCAAAAUACCCCGGCAAAGUUAAUGACGCAAAUCAUGAUGAUGAGGUGUCAGAAACCGCUAAGUCUGCGUAUCGGCCCAUUUGGAGUUAUGGAUUUGAACGUCGGAUUAUCGAGGCUCAAACUGGGAUAUUCGUAUACAUCCCUUAUGACUGGAGAUUGAUAUUUAAAUAUUAUUAAUAUUUGAAAUUUUUCUCUUUUUUUUAUCGUAAUGAGUUAUACAAAAAAUAAAAGUUAUAAUUUAGCUAGCAAUUGUAAGCUGUAAAACUAGCACAUAUUAAAUAUAUUCUUAAAAGUUCAAUGAAGAUGGCAGUAAUUUAAAAAAUAAU